AUAGCGUUGCUUUAAAGCGCUUCAAAGUUCAGAAGGAUCAAAUCAACUCGAAAAGUGACAACGAGGAACUGUCAACCACGACUCUGUUUUGGUUGAGAGAUUCCUCAUAGUUUCAGCGUGAAGGGAGAACCUUUAGCAAAGGCUACUUGUAGAAUUAGUUAAGUCAAACACUUUGCAGCAUUCAGCAGCCAUGGAGUUGGGAUUACCCUGUUGGACAUCACUUUGGGGAAAGAAGCUCAUGCUUUGGGUUUUGUCUGUUCUGUUUUACAUAGCUAGAGCUAAAGGUGAGAUGUCCCAUGGCCAUGCCACAAUGAGUGUUUCACCCCCCCACCUGUACUAUACCUGUCCUGAGGGUGCAAAUGUCAAAAUGGUGUGUACCCAGAGAGGUGCCCCCUUGCACCCCAAAGAUGCAGUGAAGCACAUCUGGCUUUUCACGCCUCACAGUGACCAGCACUGCACGGGACGGUUGGGCCCACGCAAUAUUACUAUCGGUGGUCAUUCCCAUGGUAACCACACCGUUCCAGCAGGGUUGCAAACUGGAUAUGCAGAGCAUGACUUCUGGGUGGCUCUUCAGAAUGUGACCCAUGCUGACCAGGGUCGCUACUGCUGUAUGGUCAUGGAACUCAAGGUGGAUCAUAAACAUGUUACCCCUAUGCAGAGACUGCACAGCCACGUCAUUCUCCAAGUCACACCAAAGAGAAAUGGAUCUCAAACUUGCACUGUCUGGGAUCCCACACCACCUGGAGGCUCUGUGCCGGUGGCCUUGGCUGUAGCAGCCUGUGUCUUGGCUCUGCUUUCUCUGCCUGUCAUUCUGGUGCUUGUGUACAAACAGAGGCAGAAUGCCCAUUCAAGCAGACGUGCACAAGAGCUGGUGAGGAUGGACAGUGAGGCUCAUGGCCACGAGAACCCAGUGUUCCUUGGGGGAUCACCGCAGAUUAAGACCCGUACCGUGUCUCAGAUCAUGGCCAGGCAAUCUUCAGAGACAGGACGCCACCUGUUGUCUGAGCCAGGAACCCCCCUUACUCCUCCUGCACAUGGGGACGUAUUCUUCCCAAUAGAAGACACCAUCCUUGAGUCUCCAGAGUUGCUGCAAAUUUGAAGUGCUAUAACUGCUGAUCUGGAGACAGUGCUGCAACUGUCUUCCACUUCCCUCUGCCUCCAGAGCAAUGUUACCUCACAGUAACCUCUGAUGGGAUUGUCGUCUGUACAUUGUCUGGACCGCAGGAGGGAAUGGACUCCAUUUUUUUUUUUCAUAAACUAUUUCCACCUACAACAACAGCUGGAAGCCAAAAGCCAACAUUUGCUUGUGAGCACUUUUGUUGUGGUAGGGGCUGCGUUUGUGUGUGACAUCUCACUCACACUGACGAUGGCCAACAGGUGCCCGAUGGUUGAGAACAAAAAAUCUUUUGAGGGCGGGGGUCCCACCAUGUGCAGGUGUAGCAUGGUAAGAACGAGAAACAGGUUGUGUGGCCUGCAAGGCAGCUUUCAUACCUAACUUGUUUGGUGCAGUUCAGACAAACUAGAAAGUGAAUCAGAAAGUGAGAAAGGGUUUCAACAUAAGUGUGUGCUGCUUGCAUCUUGCAUUCUAUAUAAUUUGGCAGUUCAUAGCAUAGUGGCCACAAUGACAAGCCCUCAGAUUAUAUUAUAAUACAAUACGCCUUGUUUCUGUAAGUGUCCUGCUUGUUGAUCAUUAUUCAUGACAACAGUAAUAAUUAAUUCUGUUGAUGAUUAAUUGGAAUUUAUUAUUUAUGCGUCAGCUCAUGUGACAUCAUGACAUCAAAGUGUGAAAGCGACUUAAGGCUCCCUCUCACCCCUGUCACUGUAAUGAAGUGCUCUAACAGCUUCAUACCAAAGGAGGCUCAGUUGUCAGAGAAGUCCCAGUAUUCUCGUGUAACUUCACAGUAAUUUGUUUUUAUGGCAUUACACUGUUCCUCUAUCGUUUCCACUUGGCCUCAGCUUCAUUUCUCUUUUCCCUUUCCUACCUCAGUUACUGUCAGCUGUGUUGUGCUAAAUACUCUCUUGCUUCCUGUGCUCUCAGAAUCACAGCACUUCACAGUGGCCUUAAAUGUACUCAGAAAGUGCUGAAAAGUUUAUUUAGUAUUUAGAAAAUUAUGUUGGUUGUUUUUGAAUAUAGCUGGUUAAGAAUAGUGUUCAUUUUCAUGUACAGUUUGAUAAUUAAGAAUAAAAUGUCUGUAGAGUUUGUCCUGAAUGUAGUACAGAUUCUUAAUGAAAAAAAAAUGCCAACAGUUUAAUCACUGCCAUAUCAAUGCUGUUAAGGGAAUCUUUUUUUCUUGAUUUAAUUGUUGUUAGUAUUCAUUUAUAUUUUGGAAUGUGCAAUGGGUUAAUAAGUAAUGAAAAAAUUAAAAUUUAGCACAGGUGUGGAGCUGGGUGGCGCUGAUACCAAAUCAUAUCAGAGUGGAUUGUGAUACAGCGAUAUUGUUACUUAGUCUAUGUCUGUGUGUGACUGUGAGAAACCACUGGUGGUAUUUUUCACAUUGAGGUAAAAUGUGUACAGCAGGUGCUCGGCUGAGACCAUCAGUCAGAUGUGUAGCAGGUGUAUGUAAGUUUUUUUUUCCUAAGAUUUAAAUACUUUUAUAUCAAGAUCUUAUGUUUAAGUAUUUUUUUCCUGUGUGUGUGUGUGUGUGUGUGUGCUGACAAAUAUUGGGUUAUAGUUUCAGGAAAAAUGUUGUGGUCUGGUUUAAAUGUGUGUAUGCAUGUGUUUUAUACUGUACAAAGCUUGUUUUAGCUAUAAACACAGAGCCAUAUUGUGACAGCACGUUUGUUCUGUAUAUUGCAUUUAAAUUGUCUUGGUUGUAGCUUGUGUAAUAAAGUGGAGCUCUUAAACCUUAAA